UUUUGUUGUUAUAUAAGACAAAUUCAUUAAUGCAUUAAUUCAUCACCUUAUUUAAGCAAUUUGAUUCUUGAUAGGACAAAGUGAAUGAAAAGCUUAAAAUUGCAAUACCAUUUAUAGUUUCUGUCAUAUUUCACACCAUGUGACAUUCAUAUCUUUUCAUUAGUUGUUGGAGUUUUUCUAUUCUGCUUCAGUUUGUGUUUUUUUUGUUGUUGUUGGUAAUAAUGAUGAACAAAUCUUCACCUCAACCAAACCAUUUUGAUGAUUAUGGAUUUGAUCUACAACAGGAUUUUUCUCAGUUUUUGGAGGAAGCUAAGGAACAUGGACAAGAAACAAAGCAGAAGAGUUCAUCAGUGUAUCCUGAAGAAGAAUCUAAGAAAAGAGGAUCAGAGAAAGAUGGGAAGAGAAAGAAAUCAUGGAAGAGUUCAUUGAUUUCAUGGUGGAAAUUUGAUAAGAACAAGGUUAAAGAAGCAUCUAAUGGCAAUUUGAAAUCAAAGGUUUCUGAGAAAAGGCAGGGUCAUGUUUCUGGUCCUAUAAUGCAUAACUCUUACAGAGGUUAUGAAGGAAAACACAAGCGUCCAUUUUCUGGACCUUUGACAAGUUUGUUUAAAUCUACAAAAAGAGAAGAGAAUGAGAUACCUUAUAUGACUCUAGAUCAACAAAAUAGUAUUCGUCCGGUUCAAAAUUAUGGUCCCGUUUAUAAGGUUACUUGACUCUUUACGUCAUUAGUUAUGUAAGUGUUUUCGGUGGUUGAUAUGUGUCGGUGUGAGUAUCUGACACUAAUAUGAUAUCAAAAUUGUUACAUUUGAUUAUUUUAAUUUUUUAAAAUUAUUAUUGAUGAUUAUGUAUUCAUGUCUGACACAUUCCGACAGUUGUUGAUUAAUGUAACAGAAACAUCUUUCUUUUAA